GCGUGACGCUGCGCGGAUGUCCCAGAAUGCCGCUGUCUGCCAGCGCAGCAGUGAUCAAUGGUCAGGCGAGUCGGAUCAACCGGUGAUUUAACGCGGUAAACGUUAGAGAUCAACCAUCGAUCGAAACCCUUCGUCUCGGAUGGAAAUCGCUUGACGUGACUUUUCAUGAGUAAAUGAGAUCUGCGUAAAGAGAGACCACCAUCAUCAUCAUCCUCAUAAUCAUCAACCGAGCCGAAGACAAACCCCGCAGGGCGGAUGGCAAGUCCCAGAACCAGACGUGUGCUGAAGGAGGUCCGGUCUGAAGACGAGAACAAUGUGUGUUUCGAGUGCGGCGCCUUUAACCCGCAGUGGGUCAGCGUGACAUAUGGCAUCUGGAUCUGUCUGGAGUGCUCGGGCAAACACCGAGGCCUCGGCGUCCACCUCAGCUUUGUACGGUCUGUUUCGAUGGACAAGUGGAAGGACUUGGAGCUGGAGAAGAUGAAGAUGGGAGGAAACAGCAAGUUUCGUAUGUUCCUGGAGCUGCAGGACGACUUUGACCCGAACUGGAGCCUGCAGGACAAAUACAACAGCAAAGCCGCUGCGCUCUUCAGAGACAAGGUGGCGACGCUGGCUGAAGGGAAGGAGUGGACGAUGGAGAACUCUCCUGCCAGGAACUGGACUCCUCCACAGGCCAAGAGUGGCCUGAGCGCCACCCACCGGUCCAGUGCGGGACAAAACCACAAUCACUCCUCUGAUAAGACGUUUGAGGACUGGCUGACUGAUGAUGUCAACUCCUAUCAGAAUGCCGGAGCGUCCGGCGCACAGGAGAAUCGAUAUGUGGGAUUUGGAAACACUCCUAACCCGCCCAAGAAAGAUGAAGACUUCAUGAACAACGCUAUGUCUUCCAUCUACUCGGGCUGGAGCAGCUUUACCGUUGGAGCCAGUAAGUUUGCGUCGGUGGCUAAAGACAGUACCACAAAAUUGGCCAGCCAAGCAACUCUGAAGGUACGUCUCAUCAGUGUGAAGGAGGGAAAGUUGUUUGAUGAAAUGGCCGUCAGCAUCACAGGUCUGGCCACAAAGGUUCAGGGUGCAGGAGCUAAAGGCUGGAAGGACAUGACAUCUUUCUUCGGUGGGAAACAAGAGGCCGCUGAUGAUGGUUCUGCUUACGAGGAAGGAUAUCAGAACCAGGGGCCUAAGCGUGACUUCUGGGAAACGUUUGGUAGUAACUCUGCUCUCAGCGGUAACUCUGUAGAGAGGAGCUCAGAAGCCCAGUCCAACAACAAGAAUAGUGGUGCAGACGGCUGGGACACCUGGGACAAUGACUGGGAGAAAGCUGGAGAUGACAAGGACAAGAAGAGCACGCCGAAAGCGGCUGAGGACUCUUGGGACAACAGCGGCUGGUAGACCUGCAGAGGGUUUGUGUGUUUGCUUUCAUUGGCCUGUCCUGUACAACACACAUCACAAACACACCUCCUGACUAGACGUGUCUCUCGUUUCGCCUGUCGUUGUUCGAUUCUGUUGAGAAAAAGUUGAUGAAGAUCUUUUUGAUGUCCCUGUCCAUAAUGGAGAUGUUUAAUAUUACAGUAAAAAGUUUGAUAUUAUAGUGGAUUUUGACACCAGCAGAAAUCUGCAUGUCAUCUGCUGUUUGUGGUCCAUAGAUCAUAAAGCUUCAGAUCGCAGUGGCUUUUCUGUGUCAUGACAGACUCCUGUUUGUUCAUGGUUAAUUUUAUAUGUAUGUGUUCAUUAUAUAUGUGUAUAUAUAAUGAGCUGUCAAUCAGAUUCCUAUUCAAAAAAAAAAAUGCAUUUUUAUCAGUAAAAUUGUUCAGGCUUCCUGUUCAUAAUGUAAUCACCAUGACCAAACGUUCGUCUGUAGAAGCAUGACGCAUUGGCUUUUCAUCGCAUCAGUUAACAUCCUCCAGUUCAUCAUCCAUCACCUCAUGGCCUUCUUAUGGAAAUCGCUAAUAUUUUUUUCUUUUUUUAAGUGUUAGGCAUUUAUAAUCAGGUUAUGUAUUUUGUUUGUAUGUUUCCUCCUUUAAUAUCCCCUCGUGUUGUCCAUAUUGUCAUUCCAGAUGUGAAAUGUGCUGUUUAUGAGUUCUUGGAUUACAUGAAAGAACAAAUUAUCUUAAAGAUUUCGUGUAAAACUCAAGACUUGGACAUCAAACAUCAUUAUUUAUUCAUGUUUUUUCAUUUAUUUUGGUCUUAUAUAUGUGAUUUCGGCUAAACGGGAUGUUUCUCCUUAUCUCAGUAAUAAGGUGAUUGCUUUCUGUAUUAUUGUCAAGUUCACCCCGAAUCUCUGUUAUGAAACUGAAAAUUGCUGUUAUACAUACAUCAUGUGUUCAUGAAUUCAUUGACAUCUACUGCUCCAUGGUUGUACCUGAGUAGCACAUCUCUGCUAUAUAUGUUUGAAUUGUAACAACACCUGCUGUGUCUGAGGAACAUGGGUGAGCUACACAAUAUUCUGUUAGUUAAAUAGUAUAGUUAAUAAAGCUUUAAACACCACCA